CAUACACCCCUCAUUCGAUCGGCAAAAUUUCUCUUUCGGCAGCACACAAAAAACUGUUGUAAAUUAACGUAUCUGUACCGUGUUCUUCUGUUGGGUUAUUGGUCCUAAGUGUCUAGACUGCUGCCUGUUUCCCGGUUUUCCUCCAGACCCUACAGAAGUUCCCGAGCCGAAAUCUCAUCUCGAACAAGCGCCGUCCAGUGAUCACCGACCCAACUCAACAGGAAGAACUCUCUGGGGAAUAUCUGGGGAUUGGAAACCGAAUAUCCUGGCAGAAGACGAGCAAAAUGGAGGACCUGCACCAGCAAUCGUUGGCCGCCGCCCGGCACAGUUUGAUUCUGGGCCAUAAACUGGGUGUUUCCCAGCAGCCGCAUCAUUAUCACCAUCAUCACCUGAAUCGUCAGCUCAAUCAGCUAAGUCAGCUCAAUCAGCUCAAUCAGCUGAAUCAGCUCAAUCACCUGGCCCAGUUGAGCCAGCUGCAGCAGCAUCUCCACCAUCAACUGAAUCUCUCGACGGGCCUGAAUCUCAACUUGGGCCUGGGCCACAAGAUGCAGCACCUCAGCCGCCAAAUGCAGAUGCUGGGCAUGGGAAUGGGAAUGGGAGUGGGACUGGGUCUCCACCUGAAUCUCGAUCUGGAGGUGGACAGCAGUGCGAGCAGCACCACCAGCAGUGCCAGCAGCACCAGCACGAGCAGCGAUCAGGGGCAAGGACAUGGAAAUGGGAUAGGGAUUGGACUUGGAAUUGGCAUUGAAACGGGAGCCAAGGUCCAAGGCCAAGUCCCCUGUGCCCAUGACCCUGCCCAGGAUAAUGGUGAUUCGCUGAGUGUCCAGGGUAGCCAGGUCAAGGAGGAGGAGGGUGAUUCACUGGGUAAGAAGGACAGGGAGCUGGAACCUGACAUCCUGCUGAAGGCGGCCAACUCCAAGCUGAAUGCCGAUGCGAUGGCCUACACGAUGCCCCCGAAAGUGGAGACACUGCUGCCACCGAAGCCCAGCCAAAGUGCCCGGGACUUUCGCCUAAAUGCCGAGGCGGCCGUGUUCAAACCCUCGUUACUCGGCCUGGGUUCGCUGGUUCAGCCCCUACUUCCGGUGGUCUCACUGCCCCUGCUGCCCACUCCCCAGCCGCAUCCUCAGCUGCAUCCCCAGCUGCAUCCGCAGCUGCAUCCCAAGCAAUAUAUCCGCUGGCGGAAGCAGCCGCUGCCGGAUCUCUUCACCGCCGUCCUCGCGCUGAUGAGGGAACUGGGGCGAUCCGUCAGCUAUCCGGAGAUCAUAAACACUUUGGCCCUGCGGCUGCAGCGACCGGAAGUGGAGCUGAAGCGCCAUGUGCCGCACACCCUGCACGCCGCCGUGAACAAUGGGUAUCUGCGGAAGGAGGGCAAUCGGUACUCACUGGUCUCCGAGCUGGAGCAGCUGGAGAUCAUGCGGCGCAACCAGGAGGCCGCCAUGCGGGCCAAGGAGCUGGAGAAGGAGCCGUUGUCCUGGCGCAAGCGUUAGUCUCUCCAGAUAUAUUUGAGCCACAUCUCGCAUCCACAUUCCUCAUCUCUGCAUCUCCCUGCAUCACUUCGUAUUUUUUAUACCCUUGAGCUAGCACAGCACUCGCGGCUAUGAGAUUGUAGUCCUGCGAGUCGCACCACCCAGAGCCACGAGUCCUGUGCCGCCGACGAGCCCUGCUAAAGACUGGUUUUACUGUACGUGAACUGCGUCCGCGGAGCCGUGCGAUCCUUGUGAUCCUUGAGAUCAGUGAUCCCCGAUCC